AUACAUGUUUUCAGCAGCAUGUAAUGACAGGUUAGUAGCACUGAAUGGCAGUGAGGUAUAAUUUGGUCUCUAAGUUGGUAGAUUGGGUUCAAAUGCGGGAGAAUGUCAAGUCCCUUUUGUUUUCAGUCAGAAACAGAGAUGGCCCAUUUAUCAUCAUUUUUGUAAACAAAAACUUGAUGUUGUUACUAUUUUUAGAUUUUUGGAAAAUACGCAUAAAAUACAUCAUGCAGGCGCGUACCUAGGCAUACGCCAGUACGCCAAUGCGUACACUUCGUCAGAAAAAAAAGCGAAAAAAUAAAAGUUCCAAAAAUGCAAUAAAAAGUAAAGGCUGGGGGUGGUAUAAGAAAUAAUUACGUCAGAAUUUUAUCGUUUGUUGGAUUUUAUAGUGUAAUACCUAAAUUCCGCAAAAAAGGUGAUCACGAUGUAGAUCUCAACUUAAGUUAUACACGCGUUAUUUUCCCAUAACCUGCCAAAUCGGUGUGGAUCCUGUUGACCUCCUGGUAAAUGAUCCGAAUGAUGUUUACAAGGCGGGACUUUUAAAAAUGACUGAACAGACAUUUAAUCCGCCUUACGGUGAUAUUUUCGGGCAAAAACUAGACGACAGUGAGAAGAAAGAGCUAUUAACCGCAACUUGGAACAACGUUCACCGGUAUAAGUUCCCUUCAAGGUCAGUACUAUAUAAUGUUAUGAUAUAUCUUGCAUGGUUUAUUAAAACAUCCUUAUCGAAAUUCUUCUCUUAGCUUAUCCACAACCGUUUGUUUACUAUCUCGGCUCGAGGAGUAGAUUCGUCAUUGCAGAGUCAUCGUUAUACCGCCUUUCUGUGCCGUCUGGUCUUGAUCUAAUUGGGUGGCUGUUUGUUUUGCAUGUGGUGUGCCCUGCAAGACCUUCAAUCUACUUUUGAUAUGCCCUUUUAUCACAUAAAUACUCUUUAUCUUCGAUUUGAGAACAAUUCACGGAACAUGUGUGAUAACAAAAAACGAAGUGAAUUCGUACGCACCGCAUUUCAUACACAAAACUGUUUAGGUAAUAACAAUAAUCCGUCACUCGUUUUCUUUUGAGAUCCAGAUUUCUUAAGUUCGUCUCGAGAAAGACAUUUAUUAACCUCGCAAAUUGUCUCGGUUAAUAGCUGUUAAUUUCAAGACCCAUUUAAGAAAUGUUGAUCUCCAAAGAAAACCCAUGACGGAUCGUAUAUUUCUCAAAUAGUUUUAAUAAGCAUUUACACAGCUUCUGACACAAGGUGUCAUUUUGUUCAUCUAGUAGAUAUUCAGGGCUGCCAUUUUCUACACCUAUUAAAUAUGCGUUUACGGUUGUUUUUGUGUAGUACAUCCUGUAUAUAUUUCUGUUUAGGCUAAACGUAACGAUGCCGACGUAUGGGAUGCGCUUUACGACAAGUCAGUAUCAACUGCACACGACGUCGAUGUAGAGCCGUCGGUCCCACGGCGAUUUGGACGUCAAGUUCACAGACCGAACGCCCCAGCAAAGACCAUUUCCCAGUACUGGAAGACAAACAUUUACCUGCCGUUCGUAGAUCAUUUGCUUGUUGAUCUAGACGCACGGCUGUUGAAAGGCAAUGGACGGUACAAGGCACAGUAUCUGCUGCCUCCAAAGGUCGACGGUCUCACCCAUGCCGUAACGAUAGAAAUAUUCCAGGAGUUCAUGUUAGAUCUGCCAGAUGACGAGCCGACUUUCGAGCGAGAGUGUCAACGUUGGACAGCGAAGUGGACUGUAACUUCACCUGCUCCCUACUCAACCCUGGAAAAAGCAUUGGACGUAGCUAAUGAGGCAUCGUAUCCUAACAUAAGGAUCUGCCUCAUGGUUCUGUUGUGUAUGCCAGUAGCAACGGCCACGACUGAGCGCUUAUUUUCGACAAUGCGUCGAGUCAAAACGUAUUUGAGGAGUACCAUGACAACUGAGCGAAUGUCAGGCCUGGGUUUGAUGAACAUUUACAGCGAACGCAAUAUCAACGCCGAACAUGUCUUUGACAUAUUUGCAAGAAAAAAGGAUCGUCGCCUGGCUCUUUUAUUCAGAAUUUAAUAACCAUUGUUAUGCACAGUGCCAUAUUUAGGGAAUAGAUCCGCUAAAGACAGGUUGACUGUAUCUUAUUCUAAGAAGGUCAUUAACAAACAGUAUUGAAGAUAAUUAAUGACAGCUGGUGGCUUAAUGCCAAAAGAAACUAUUCUAGAACGCUCUUAUAAAAGCGUUCUUCAUUAAUUGAACACCUUUUUCAAAGACCACACUGUCCUAGUUUUUGGUUUUGACUGGUCGCUUAAAACUGGUUUGACUGUAUUUCUUCCUAAUAUCCUACCGAUAACUAUUAUGUAACAUGUUGUUGAAGUCUAGGUAAUAUAUUGCAUUCGCUUCUUCAGUUUAAGAUUUUUUUUAACUUUUUUGCUUUUAAUUUUAGUCCAAUCAAAAUACUCAUACUUAACAAUUAAGAAAAACAUAAUCUUAAGAAGCUACUGGAAUAUGCGCUUAUCAGAAGCACGGUGGAGAACCCACGUAACUUAUUUGGUAAAGUGCACGGCAACAAAUGUCAACAAGUCCCGAUUCAGGUAAGGUUUUUAAAGAUAACUUUCUUAAUAUUUGGAGAAAUUUUGAGAAAUAAAGACCAUAAACCCCGCAUUUAAGAGCUCUAUCCAUGGUAAUAAAGAACUUUCUCUAAUAUCCUAAAAUUUUCCUGAAAAUCUUGACCAACUGAUUUCUCAGAGUUGAAAUCUAAGGCAAAGUACACGACUUUUGAUAAAUCUAUCGAUUUACUUCAUGUUAGCCGUAAAUAUUUCAUACACAAAUCUUAUUUUAAGGAAAUUUUAUGUAUUUUAAAGUUUUCAGCGUGUAUUGUUGAACUUCUUAUAGUUAUUUCAAAGGCGAAAAUGAACUAAAACCAAACAUCUGUUGACAUUUGUUGCCGUGCACUUUACCGAAUAAGUCACGUGGGUUCUCCACCGUGAGAAGAGUAAGAACUAACUGAUCCGAUUACGAUAGUUGUAUGCCUGAGUGAUAAAUUUCAUGUAAACGCCACAGCAAAGCACAUUAACAGGUGCGUUUAAUUAUCAUGUUUACAAAUCGUCAGGCGUGCAUGAAUACAAGUUCGGUGAUAUUCUGAUUGUUAUCAUCAUUUUAGUCCCGUGAAAGAACACAUAUUUUCCCAUACAUUUUAAAAGUAAAAUAAUUAAGUAUAGAUCUAUUUGUGUUAAGUUACAAUAUUUUAUUAACUUAUCUAGAUACUGUUAAGCAUAGCAUGGAGACAGUUUCAGUCUCCGCAUGUGGUUAAAUAUACCGGUGAGGUGCGCAAGCCUUUCUGGUCAACGCAAUAUCUCAAUUAUUCAGCGGAUUGGAUGUUAAAUAGAGACGCCACCCAUCAACCCAGAUCUGUUUGUUUAUUUAAAUCAAAUACAAGUAUUGAUUUUUGGAAAAUAAUAAUAAAAAAUAAAUAUCGGGACUAACAAUGUUAAUUAAGAAUCAUCCGAAAAAGAACUGUCCGAAAUCACGUCACUACUUGUAUCUGAACUACAAUCGGAAAGAGCUACGCAAGUUUCUUUAUCUGUUUGGAGACUGCACUCUUUAAAUCUGGCAACUGCCUUAGUUGAUCAAUAUCAACAUCACUCUUCUCUUUUUCAUGUCCUUCACCUUCCGUUUUUUCGCGUCUAGCUUCCUGCGCAACGCCUCCUUCUCCUGUAUUUUUUGCAGACGUCUCUCCUCGGUUUCAAGCGAUUGCAUUUCUUCCAACAUGGAGGUCAUCUCAGCAUCCGAGUCCGAUUACAUUUUCAUUACACAAAUGUCUAUAAAACAGUUUAUAAAUACCGCGCCCAAACGAGCUCGCUGUCGGCGCUUUGCUGUUACAACCUCCCUCCUAUUUAGCUUUGUUCCACAUCUAACUUAUUAAAUAGAUGAAACUGAGUGAAACCCACUCAAAUAUUCAAUCCUUUCUUUUUAUAAAACUUAUUUCAAGAACAACUGUCAGGCACGACAAACAAAGAUCGAAUGAAUAUUUAAGCGCGGAAAAAUUUGCACCAGAACUAUCGCAAUACAAAGCAACCAAUCAGAAUUGAUAUGAUAUUAAUUACUGCCGGAAGUGACUGCCUGUAAACUUUGACAUAUUCUUAAAUAUCAUCAAUUAAACUUCGCCCGUUUCUAUACAGAUCGUAAACUUUCUAGGCGGAACUCGAAUUUUAGUAUAAAAUGCGUCGUAAUGACAUUCAUCGCAUGAAUUCUGCCCGUAACUUUACGGCUGUUCAGUGCACUUCAGUAGCUAGCUAUUCAUAAAAACAUUUAACCUGAUUCACUAUUCAGCGCCCGUGAAACAAGUAACUAGUAUACAGAUGAUAUAAAUUGAUAUUGCCUGAGUGUUUGGUUAUAUGUGUUACAUGUGUUUUGUGGAGGAAACUCAAAGAGACGCAUUGGUGAGAAACGAGUGUGUUAACCACUGCAUUAGCUGGUUAGGCAAGUAAACUUAUGGAAUGGUGAAGGACAAGUAAUGGAACGACAAUGGGACAGCUGUAGUUAAUUGAAGUCUAGAGUGUGUGUUUUCUCUUGUAACUUUAAACAGAUGUGCGUAUUAUUGCGAGUUAUAUAACGACUUUUAAAUAUUCCGAAAUAUUGACCUGGUACCUGCCUGUAAAAAGGUAGUCAUGGGUGAUAAAACAUUGAAACAGAACGACAAUCACACGGACAUUGUUCAGGACAGUGCUUGGUGCUGGGUGAUUGUGAUCGGUGCAUUCCUCGCUCACGUGAUCACCCAUGGUAUACUUUACUCGUUCGGAAUCCUAUUUAUAGCACUGGAGGAGAAAUAUGGGGGCACAAAAGCUGAGAUCGCAUUGAUACCGUCCCUCAUGUCUGGUACUUUGUACCUUGUAGGCCCCUUGGUGAGCGCCCUUAUAACACGGUACGGCUGUCGGACUGUAACGGCGCUAGGUGCUGUGAUCGGCGCGCUAGGCUUUAUAACCAGCGUUUUUGCAAAUAGCCUAUACCUGCUGUACUUCACACUCGGUGUCCUGACAGGCUGUGGGUUUGGGUUCGUAUUUCUGGCGGCCAUUGUGGUGGUGACACGCCAUUUCCAGAAACACCGCUCUCUCGCUUGCGGCCUCGCACUUUCAGGGGCCGGUGGAGGCGCCUUCAUUUGCAGUCCAUUGAUAGAAUGGCUGCUGGCGACCUUCUCACUGUCGGGAACGCUCCUAAUACUGGCGGCUAUCGUGCUCAACUGCAUUCCUUGUGGCCUCCUCUUUCGGUCCGUCCGUGGCGCACAUACAAACAGGGCGGCAGAGACCGGCCGCGAUCUGGAAUAUGAUAGUGUAUUGCAUGAAACGUUCGAGGUGUGUGGUGAUGCUGAGCAAGAAGUGCAAGUUCAUUACGAUGCCAAGGAUGAAUUUGAUACAUUCAAACAAAACCAGACUGAAGGAUCUGAGCAUUAUACUGAACUUGCAAACAUGCCCUCGAAACUCUUUGGUAGCUCGGAGGAGGACAACGGACUGCAGAAUUCAAACUAUGAAGCGGAAACACAAUCUGUCAUCGUCGACGACAACAUUGUUAUCGAAAUUGUGAAUCAGAAUGAAUUCAAAGAAAAAGAAGCGUUUAUUCAAGAAAAGACAGCAAAUCAAAAUGAGAAAACAUUCAAACCUCCGAACCGGAGACGGAAGUAUUUUGACCGGAAAUGUCCAAUACUAGGCCGGUACCUGUCCUUGAUCAGUCGCUUAGAACCAGUUGUUUUCUUCAUUUCCCAGUUCUUGUUCUUCGUGGGCUUCUAUCUGCCCUUUAUCUACAUUCCCGACAAGGCACGACUACACGGUAUCCCUGAACGUCAGGCGGUCUGGGUUGCUUCCACCAUCGGACUGUCCAGCAUAGCAGGCAGGGUCAUCCUCGGCUAUGUGGCUGACCGGCCAUACGUCAACAGAAUGGUUCUAUUUAAAGCGGCGCUGAUAGUUACGGGCGUCAGCACGGCCGCCGGGCCGCUCUUCGUCUCCCUCUGGUCGCUUCUUCUGUAUGCCGUUGUAUUCGGAAUAUCCAGUGGGAUCUCGCUGUCUCUGACAUCAGUGGUGCUAGUAGACCUGGUGGGGAUGGAUCUACUUCCGGAAGCGUUCGGGCUGAACAAUGUCUUCAGUGGAGUUGGCUCCCUCCUUGGGCCUAUGUUUGCAGGUGUGCUUUAUGACGUCACACAGAGCUACGUGGCUCCCUUUCUUGUGCCCGGAAGUGCAAUGACAGCUUCCGGUAUUCUGCUUAUUAUUGUCACGUGUUGUACCUCUCGCAAUAAAAACAUUGAAAGAUAAUUUGUGUAUUUUUAUCGUAACGUAGACGUCGCAAUUACAUAAAAUCCUUGCAAAGACGCCAUCUUGUAAAUAUCGCAGCCACAUGUGUUCACACCUUAUAUUGACAUAAUUGAUGGCUGUAAAACGUGCUGACAACAGUGAAUAUUGUUUCCUCACUUUUUAAACUUCGAAUGAUUUUUUUCUUAUUUUUUUUCUUAGUAUCCGUGAUAAUUA